AUGACAUUUAUUAGUAAACGAUUAAUAGUUUACAUAUGGCUAAUACUAGCGGCUGAUGACUAUCUAAAGCCGGCGUCCAGUAUAGCAAACGGUCAGUCAGUGGCCGUCAAUUCAUUUGUCUGUCCGAAACAGUUUGGCUAUUAUACCGACAAAAGCGAUUGCAGUACAUACUAUGUGUGCUCUUUUGGACUGUCCCUACAAAAAACAUGUAGAGAUGGACUACAUUUUUCACUGGCCCUACAAAACUGUGACUGGCCUUCAAAUGUAUUGUGYGAUAUCGAGCCCAAAUCACGUCCCAAUAGUUCGGGUUUCAGUGUAGUCAAUGCUAAGGACGAUAAAGAAAGACAACUGUCCAAACCGGCCGCUAGUAYUGCUAGGCGUGUCAUUGAUGGUAAUCCAGUGAUAUCGGACACCGUGUCUAACAUUUAUACUAACAAUAAUAAUUAUAACAAUAAUAAUUAUAACAAUAAUGGGAACACCAGGCAUUUAACAAUUCCAAGGCCUAACCAACGGCUGCCGGCUAUACAUAUCGAUACAUACACACCGGUAGCUACAGAAAGUCCCGUUCCGCCAGUCGACGUCACACCGAUAUAUAGUACUAAUGCAGCCGAUUAUACGUUAGGCGUUCCCGACCCUCAGGCCACCGGUUCAAAGCCGUCAUACUAUAACAUUGAAAAUUUCAAUAACACUGAUACCCGUAAUAAUUAUAAUUUAGACCAAAUCUAUAGACCUCCACUGUCAACAGUGGCACCGGCCUAUCGGGUCGAUGGCUUUGAGUUAGCGUCGACACCCCUGCCUUCCAACGGUGCUAACAAUGCCGAUACUGUUGAGGUUAGACAAACAUUUGCACCGCCAACACAAUUGGUCUCAUCCAUAGUCAGCGGUCGACGAUAUGGUGGCGGAGAUGCCGUACCCUAUGAUACAGUUGUUAAUCCGCCGGCAGCCAUAUCGGGACGUAUGGAUACUAAUCAUAAUUAUUAUCAUUACGACGGUGUAGAUAAUAGCGGAAAAGGAGAUACCAGUGCUGAACAUAAUUAUGAAUUGCCACCAAUUGUUAAGCCAUUAACAAAUAGUGUUAGCAAUAUAAAUAAUAAUAAUUAUAAUAAUAACAACAAUAACCGGAACAUUGCAUAUUAUAAUAGAGGUGCUAAUAAUAGCAGUAAUAAUGGAUAUUUUACGGGAACUACUAAUAAAUAUCUCGUAAAUCCGACACAAUUUUACCACCAAAUAUAUGCCAGAGGACCUUCUACUACUACCACAACAACUUCUACUACAACUACUACUACGUCCACCACUACUAGUACUACAACACCGGCGCCUCCAUCACUGCCCUCUCCGAGAGUGGAUGUCGAGAGUCAGUCGUAUCCAUCGAUAUCGCGGCCAACCUAUCACUAUCCCAUCAUUCAGAAUACAUACAAAAAUAUCAAUCCAAUCGCCAAUAAUAAUACCGGUGCCGAUGAUGUAUACGUAUUUGUUAAGCCACUCAAAGAUGACGAAAAACUUAUUGAACGACUCACUAGACUUCGCGCAACUCAGCAAACACCCCGACCGAUGGUCUCCAUUAACCCGUACAGUGCAGUACCCGUACGGGCCGUCUCGCCGGUCGUUCGUGUCAUCCGAAAACAGCGACCAAAAUCAUCGCCACAAGAGUUGGUAAAGUUUGAUAUAGUAACGAGCGAUCCGAUGAUCACAAGCAGUACCACUGAGAUACCGGUCAGACAGUUAAUGCCAAGACAAAGGACAGCCAAAGAAGAGUAUAUAAGAGCACAGAAUCGGGCGCCGCGUGUCUUAGAAAAGGAACAGCCAGUGGUGGUCAACAAUCAGCUAAACUUUUACAAUACUAGCAAUAAGUUCAAUAUAAACGCCGACGAAAGCGUAGUCGACAAUAAUAAAUACAAAAACCGACAGCUCAUACCUGAGAACCCGUAUAAUGUGCCCGAAAUUAAACCUAAAUUACAGGGAAGGCCUGAUUUCAGACAAGUGUUUCGCGAGACGGAAGUUGCGCCCAGAGGUGGACAACAAGAGACUCCAGUACUGCGUCAAGUAGACAAUAGACCGGAUCCUAGAGAUGAAUAUAUAACUGAACUUCGCGUCGAUAGUAAACCUUUAACUAGAGGUCAGAAUCAACAGAAUAGAAAUCAACCAAAACCUGUGGAUAAUUAUAAACCAGAAGUCAUACCGCCGUAUGAGUUGGAUAUCAAUGACAAUCAUAACAGCAAAGAGGAACAACCGAUAAUCAUAUCAUUCAAUGUGAACGACAAGAACCGAAACAGAGAUACUGUUGUGUUUAAUCCACAAGAAAUGAGACAAAGAGAGCGACAAUAUAUGGACUUUUUAGGUGUAGCCAACUCGCCAAAGAUAAAUCCCAAUGGUAUCCGAAUUGUUGAGUUACCUCCGGCUACCACACCUUUGACGACCACUACUACUACAACCACAACCCGACGUCCAUUUCAACGAGUCUGGGGUAGAGUUAACAAUACUGCUCCUCAAAUAUUGCGCUUCGAGGCAGAGGAUGCCAUUCCCAAGCAAUUGACAUACCGGGAGAAUAGACCCACUUUACGACCUGACCCAAGACCUAAUGCCGUGCAAACACCCAAUCCGUUGUCAUUCCGGUCGACAAGAAUUACAACAACAACAACAACAACACCUGAGACCACAACAACCGAAAGACAAAGACAACAACAACCGGUUCACGGAUCACGACAAUUGCCUCCAGUAAGACAACMACAUCUGCAAACAUUAUCAUUGCGAACAGUUCCGGCUAACAGUCCACGACAGAGACAAGUAUCCAAUCGACAACUGCAACGACUGCCUCUAAUAACUACAACCGAAUCGCCACAACCGUCUGAACUUCCAUUACCUAACCAGAGAAGUGUCGGCUACAAACCGGUUAUCACAUUAGAGGACGAACCGAUUUAUGAAAAUGAAGGAGAACUGUCGGGUCGAAGUGUGAAUACCGGUGCCAACAAUAAUGAUCUAUUGAGUGAUAAUUUGCCAAAAAUACAUACAAAUAUCCGGACAAUUAAUGAUAUGAGAAGAAAUUAUUCUCAAUUGAAUCCAAUUAACUAUUAUAAAGAAAAUUACGAUUCAAUACCUCUGACCGCCAAAAACGAAAUCUUCAGCCAACCGACUACAACACCCAAACCCCAGUAUACCAGUGCCUAUCCGAAAGCCAACAGAAACUCUUAUCGACUAAAUACUUACGUUCAAAAGCCAACCAUACCUACGACUACCACAACAACUACUACCMCUACAACAGCGGCACCGACAACACUGCCCACUGAUCCAUACUAUGAUUAUUACUAUGAAGACAUUACUGAUAGCAAAAAUAGUGUAACACUGCCGACAACACGCAAAUCAUAUCCAACUAUUCAAUCGACUCACACGAGACACGGUAUCCGCUAUAAGAUAUCGACGACAACACAGAAACCCAAAAUCGAUUACGAAUACGAAUACGAGGACUACAAUAGUGCUAACUAUACGACUGUUCCCGAGACUACACCAUAUAAAACAUAUUUUACUACAACAUCCACUACCACUACGACAACUGUGCGACCAAUAAUAACAAGACCUCCGUUGUAUAGCGUUGGCCGUAAGCCCAGACCAACCAAUCGGCGACUUGUAAUCAAAGACAACGAAAAACUACCGCCAAAGCCUGCGUCUCGUCCUAAACCCAUACAUCCAACUCCUACUCCGUUAUCAACGGCCGAAAAGUGUGACCAGAAAAAAUGCAAACUACCCGACUGUCGAUGCGGCGGAUCAGAUAUACCGGGAAAGAUGACCGUAAAACAGAUACCGCAACUCGUUUUGAUUACAUUUGACGAUGCKGUCAAUGAUCUCAAUUGGGAGAUCUAUGAUGAAAUUUUUGAAGGUCGGUUCAAUCCGAAUGGCUGUCCAAUUCGUGGCACGUUUUACGUGUCGCACGAGUGGACCGACUACGGACAGGUCCAGACACUGUGGUCGAGAGGACACGAAAUUGCAUCGCACGGAAUCAGUCAUAGUUUUGGCGAAAAAUUUACAGUCAAAGAGUGGAUUAAAGAAGUGAACGGUCAGAGAGAAAUCAUACACCAGUUCGGAGGCGUUCCUCUUGAAGACAUACGCGGUAUGAGAGCACCGUUCCUACAAACCGGUGGUAAUCGUAUGUUUGAUAUGCUUUACGAAACAAACUUUACGUACGAUUCCUCAUUACCGGUUCACGAAAGUAAUCCACCRUUUUUUCCCUAUACACUGGACUAUGCACUCAAUCACGAGUGUAUGAUACCUCCCUGUCCUACCAAAUCAUUUCCAGGUUUAUGGGAAGUCGGUAUGAUUAUGUGGCAUGAYUUGCGUGGCGGCCGAUGCUCUAUGGGUGACGCCUGUACUAACCCAUCGGAUGAACCGGGAGUUUACGAUAUGCUAUUGAAAAAUUUCAACCGACAUUAUAAGUCAAAUCGGGCCCCGUUUAACCUAUUCUAUCACUCGGCCUGGUUUAAUACACCGCACCAUAAGAAAGCAUUCCUCAAGUUUAUCGAUGAGGUCAUCCAGAAAGAGGACGUCUACUUUGUAACCAAUUGGCAGGCAAUCCAAUGGAUCCGAAAUCCCACUUCACUGGAAAGUAUACACGAUUUUGAGCCAUUCCAAUGUCCCGAUAAACCAGUGGAUGCCCCGUGCAAUCACCCGACGGUAUGCAACGUUAACUCCAAAGACGGCAGCCGUACGUUCCGUACGUGUCAGUCCUGUCCAUCGACCUAUCCUUGGGUCGGCAGUACUGGCUUUAAAUGGUCUAAAUAUACAUAA